UGUCUGCCUCAUCCUUUUUUCUCUCUUUCUCACUCUUGGUUUUUUUGCCUCAUGGAGAACAUAAAUUAAAAAAACACAUAAAGAACCAGGAUGAAGAACAUAAAAACAGCAUCGAAUUCAUCUUCCUAAUGAUAACUUCUUUACUUGGUCACAUGACCAAACCAUUCCCGAUAAUUCAGUUGUUCCAGUUGUUGUUCAUGCUCUGUCCACCGGGGGUCAGUGUUUCACCCGGGUCAAUAGACUGAUGUCAUCUUAAUCUCAAGCUUUUUCAUCGGCAGUUUAAUCAGAGUUGAGCCAAAUCUGCACGUUUUUAUGUUGGAACGACAUCACUUCUUUCCCUUCCUGUGUUUCUAUCUUUGACAAACGGAGCAUCUCCAGUCUUGACCUCUUCAUCGUCCACUUUCAGCAUCUUCAGAUGAGUCCAGACUCUCUUUGAUCUUUGUUUGUUCGUUGUUCCUGAACCUGGUUCUGGUCCCACUUGUGGAGCUGGUUUGGAAACAGCCGUGUGACUGGAAGUGGAAAAAUGUUUGCUCAGGAGCCAUCCGUUGUGCUCCUCCUCCUCCUCGUCUGUCCUUCGCCUACCCAGGUGAUGGCCUCCUCCCUCCUUGACAUGACGGCGUGGAGCCCGGGGAACAGCUCGCCCACAGCUAAGGACUGUCUCCAGGUUGAGACCAGGGCUGGAGGUCUGACAGUUCACUGCUCUGGACUCCGGCUGAUGAAGGUGCCGCUCGGUCUUUCCAACCAAACGGUCUGUCUGUUUCUGAACAAAAACCUGCUCAGCUCUCUGCCUCCAAACUCUUUCUCCACUCUCCUCCAGCUCCAUGAGCUUGAUCUGUCAAAUAACCAGCUUUCCACCCUGGAGCCCGGCUGCUUCUAUGGGUUGGCUAACUCUCUCCGCCUCCUAGAUCUGUCGUCUAACCGCCUCUCCACGCUUGAUCCAGAGGUGUUUGGUGGGCUGCAGGUUCAGGUCAACUUUACUCACAACCCAUGGCACUGUGACUGCAGCAUGCAGAUGUCUGUUUCUCUGAUGGAUCUUGAAGCGUCUUCUGUAGAAAGAGUGGUGUGUCAGACGUCGGACAUCCCGAACGCUGGAACGGUUGGUCUCCCACUGGUCUUACUGGUAGAGGACUGGGAUCUGUGCCAGUCUGUGAGGAGAACGACUGAUGUGCUGACCCUGGUCACUAUGUUCCUGUGGUUCUUCAUGCUCAUCUCCUACUUGAUCUACUACAUUCGUCAGAAUGAGGUGUUUGCCAACCAACACUUUGAGUACAUUAAGUUCCUGGAGAACCGGGAACCCUUUUCCCCCAUAGAAUUCUUGAAGAACCUUUGACAUGCUCAAACACUUGGACAUCUUUCUCAUCUCAUCUCAGUUUUGAGAGGAGGAAGAGGCUGCCUGAAGUCUUGUGUCAGAACCGCUUCCAGGUCCAAAAGGGUAUGGAAGGUUUCAUCAUCACUGAAGUCGAUUGCAGAGCUGUUGAUGGAUAACUCAGAAAUAAUUGGAAGUUUCUCACACUUUUGAGGGUUUUUUAGGACUUGAGACCUCCAGUGCAAAUUCAACCUCAAUGAAACACCAGGAUGUUUAGUUUGAAACUAAAAAUAAGGAACUCAUGCCCUAAAGCAAAGAGAUGAAAGACAUGAGACAUUUGUUGAAGAAAUGUUGCAUAUUAACUUCAUGCCCAGAGUCACUUUCUGUUUGCUUUUUGCAUUCUCGUUUUUAUUGACCUGCAUGUCCUUUCAGAAUAAAGGCUUUGCUUUAGGGAGCUUUGUUCUCACUGGGAUACAGAGUUUAGAUGUGAAUGUGGUUCAUGAGCGUGUGAACACUUGUGUGCUGUCAUCGUGAGCGCUGUUGAAAUGGUUUUAAUAUGUUGUGUGUCUGUUUAGCUCUUUUUCUCUGAGAUGCUCCAGUUUUUGGUUUUUACCCUCUUAAAUUCAAAGAGAAUGAAAUGAUUACAUGAAAUAAUCCAUUCUGUGUGUCUUCUAACAGGUAUGGACGCUUUGUGAUUGUUACACUGCAGACUUUCCUUUGCCAAAAACCCACUACAUUGUUCACAGUCAUUAUUACAUUAUGUCACAUGUU